AAGUAAAGAUCCCGUUUGCAGUAAAAUGGCUUUAUAUUUGCCUAUAUUGAUUAUUUUCUAGAUAAAGCAAAAAACAAAACCUAGUAUCAAAUGCUCCUCACUCAGUUGGCUCAGCGCUUCCGUGGUGAACACUCACGCCGCUCAGUCAUCUUCUCACAGCCACUACAUACAAACAUAUUAAUUACACCUCUCUCGACCCUUGUUUUUAACUUCUGGUCGGACAUAAACGCCGACAUUGCUGAUCAACCCGGAUUCUCAGAGCGUCAAGAUUUUGAUGAUAUCGACAGUGUUCAUCAUAAAACAAAAUCUCCGUUGCUUCACACACAGACAUCAACCCAGCACAGUACUGUGUGCUGGCAACAUUACGCUGUUUCGGUGACAAAGGAGAAACUGUAAAGUUAUGGUGUUUAUGAGACGUGUUGGCAUCGUGUUUGUGUGGUGGGUGAACGUCAGGAUGGCUCUGGUUCUGGGGGAACAACUUGACCCUGGCACCUCACUCUUCCCCAGAAACAGGGCCAAGAAUGAUUUCUUGCUUCGUCCUCGAAGCUUCGACAACUACGAGUCUCCUGUCCGCCUCGCAUACCCACAGACAGACAAGAAGACGGACGCGAAGUGGGUUGUGAUAGGUGGCAGCAACGUGGUGCCGGGAUCGGUGUACAGGGUGGCUGUGGAGGCACUCAGCACCUCUGAACCCCUGACCAUCAGAGCCGCCAUCGUUCACGCCGGAGAGCAGGUUGCCUCAGGCAAGGUCCUCCUUCAGUCGGGAGAAUUGUCUGAGAUCCUCCUUAAGGUUCCGGCCACCAGCGUGGCAGGUCAGUGGCAGCUGCGGGUGGUGGGACGGAAGGGCGUAACGUCAUUCUUCAAGCGUACUGUUAACCUCACAUUUCAGGCCAAGUUCCUCACCAUUCUCAUCCAGCCUUCGAGACCCGUCUACAACGCUGGUCAGACAGUGCGGUUUCGAGCCAUUUUACUGACCAGGGAUCUCAAGCCUUACGAUGAACCAGUGGACGUCUUCGUGCUGAGCCCCAGAGGAAAGAAGUUUAAAAGGUGGCCCAAAAGGGCAACGAGUCAUGGAGUGAUGAACCUCAAGUUUGAGCUCCCCAAGUAUCCUCUGGUGGGGAAAUGGAGGAUCAGGGUGAGGGCUGGCAGCCAAGUGGAGGACAAGCAUAUCAAAGUGGAGCAUUACUUCAGACCCAGGUUCGAGGUGUUUGUACGUCUUCCGCUGACCGUACAGACGUCGGCCGAGUACGUGGAGGGAGUAGUGGUUGCCAACAUGACCAACUGGGGAUACGUCAUCGGCAACUGCUCCAUCAAGUUGCAGUUCUCUCGUCACGACACGGAGAUCCCGGUCAACUUCACGGACGCCCACGAACAGUUCAUUGUUCCGUUCAAGGGUCACUACUCAUUCAGUCUGCCGCUGUGGAAGGUACGUCAGAAGUUAGGCAGCGACGACUUGACGGGCGUGAGUAUUCGCGUGUUGGCGGCCGUGGGGGAAUCCUUCGGUUGGUGGGUGCAGGAGGGGUGGGCGGUAGCCAGGAUGGUGAAGGAGGAGGCCAAGAUUACCUUCCUUGGAGACCAACCGCUCAUCUUCAGACCCGGCAUGCCAAUCACCGUCCAUGUCUUCGCGUCAUACAAGGAUGACCACCCUCUGGGAAACGAAGAGCUGGCAAACGCACGGGUCAGCCUGUCCUUAAGUACUUCUGGACGUAGCUCACAGGUUGAUAGUGUUGAGUUAUCGGGGCAGACUCUGCUGGAGGGCUUGGGCGUGGCCCAUAUUACUUUCGACUUACCAGAAGACACUCAGGCGCUCAAGAUGGACGCCAGGUUGGUGACCAGCAGUGGUAUGACAGCAACAGCCACAAUGGUGGGGGCGCUGCAUCACUCGCCCAGAAACCGUCACCUACAGAUUGAGACAUCUACUAUCAACGCCACACCAGGAGAAUUCAUCAUAUUUCAUGUCCGAAACAACUUCUACAUUGAUCACUUCAACUACGUGGUGUUGGCCCAAGGUGUGGUGAUAUACAACGGGAGAGAACCUGUCAAGGAUAAAACGCUUUCCACAGUCACCACCUUCUCCCUGCCGGCCUCCACAGAGAUGACCCCAGCUGUAAACAUCGUUGUCUGGGUGGUGACACAAGAUGGACAGCUCGUUUCUCACGCCCUCGUUGUCCCCGUUAAUCCUCUGGGACGACACAAGGUUGGCAUCCGGUGGAAUGAGCACAAAGACCACACAGGUGGAUCGUCGGAGAUGAAGAUGCUUGGAGAGGCAGGAGCGUUCUUCGCCGUGUCCGCAAUCUGGGAGGAGACACAUCACAUGGACGCCGGUCACGAACUGGAUGCCGCCAGGGUCCUUCACCACAUGCUGGAUUUGGAGAAGAACGACACUGUGUAUGAAGGACGAGCGAACGUUUCCGUACCUCACCUUCGCCGUGCUGCUACUAGGUCCAGGGACGGUAACGGGGCUAAGGUACUCCUCUUUCCUACAACGAUGGCCGGGCCUGAUGCACCCUCCACGUUUACUUUCAGCCAUCUUAUUGUGCUGACUGAUGCUGACCUCUUCUACCACCCACAUCACGCCUCAGCGACUCCGGACUGUGGCGAGUGGGAGUUUAAGUGUCUUACUGGUGGCUGCUACAGCCACAAGCAACGCUGCGACACUCGCCAUGACUGUCUUGACCACUCAGACGAGGCCGGCUGUCCUGUUGUCGUGGAUCCUCUUCGAGAAUACCGCAUCAUGCGCUUGAGUCGCCUUCACCGCUUCUAUGACCCUGAAAAAGGUGACUGGGCCUGGCAGGAUUUACGCCGAGUAGGGCGAGAGAUCCGGGUGUUUACCUUCCCCAAGAGACCUCAAACGUGGGUGGUAUCCAUGUUCGCAGUAGGGAAAAAGACCGGGCUGGGCAUCAUGGAGGAGAAAAUUCAGUUUGAUUCUGCUGGGCCGUUCCUGUUGACGUUGGAGGGACCGAAGGUGGCGCGCCAGUUUGAGCAAGUAGGACUACGGGCCUGCGUGUUCAACUUCCACUCCAAAAAAGUGGGUAUACUGAUAACUCUGAAACAGUCCGAUGAUUACCGCUCCGUCCUGGUGGAGAAGAAUGGCGUGGUCACCUCAUAUAAGCCCAGGACGGCAACCGGCGACCAUCAACAUUUAGUAUGGCUGGAUCCUGGGGAGUCACGGGACGUGCACAUCCCCAUUAUAUUCACACGGACGGGCAAGAUUGAGGUCACUGUGAAAGGCUCCACUAUCAUGCAGAAAGAUUCUGAAACAAUCAUCAUUGACGUAACUACAGAGGGGGUGAAAAUAGUGAAGCACACGUCCAUCCUGCUGGAUCUCAAGAACCGAGCGCUCGUGUAUGACUUCCUGGACAUCUUACUAGAUGAGUCGCCCAUCAUACCUUACUCUCUUAAGCGACGGUACAUCUACGAAACACCAACUGGUCACAUCUCUGUCACUGGUGACGUGGUAGGGCCAGCGUUUCCGGAGAUGCCGGUGGGAAGUGACUCCCUGCUGGGGCUGGAGGUGAUGGGGGCGGAGACGUCUGCCUUCAACUUUGCAGCUAAUAUCUGGACACUUCACUACCUCCGUCUCUCAAACCAGCUUAUUCAGGGACUUUCGUAUCAGGUUCUGACAGCAGUGAAUGUGCAUUAUGCGGCUCUCGCCCGUUACCAGGACGAGGAUGGUGCGUUCAGGAUGUGGCCUGACUCUGAGCCCAGUGUGUGGCUCACCGCUCAUGUCCUCAAGACUCUCUGGCUAGCCAGCUUCCAGGAUUGGGAGAACCUGAUCUACAUCGACCCAGAGAUGAUCAACACAUCUGCGAAGUGGUUGCUGCGUUACCAGACCCCGACCGGUGCUUUCACCGAGACCUCCAAUUACACCCAUCCACUCGACUCCAAGAGCAACCCCACGCCGUCUUAUAGACUGGAGAGGGAAGGCUACAAGAACGUGUCACUGACAGCGAAGGUGGUUCUCACUCUCGUGGAUAUACUUCCUGGCCUCCAAGGAAGCACAAGGAUCAAGGUCAACAUUGCCAAGACCAGCGCUAUUGCGUACCUAGAGAGGGAGCUAGAGAGCUUGGACGACCCCUACGACGUAGCACUGGUGGCCUGGGCGCUCUCCAAGGCUGAUUCUACCAAGAAGGAAACUGCCUUCAACUUACUAGACUCCAUGAAGCGGGUGGAUAACAGCAAGAUUUACUGGUCACGCGAGCCGCUGAGCUUCAACCCUAAGGUGUAUGAGGACAGUCAGAAGCCUUUCCUCCAGCCCAAGAAUGACCAGAAGUGGGACGCUCACGCAGUGGAAACCACCUCCUAUGCCUUACUGGUGUAUCUUGCCAGGGAGGGCAUCGGCUUCAUCCAGGAAAACAUCGUCAGGUUCCUCGCCGUCAUGAGGGAGAAUGACGGAGGACAUAUCUCUACCCUGGACAGCAUAGCGGCGCUGGAGGCGCUGGUGGAGUACUCAUACCGUGCGCGACUACGUGAUGUGACGGACAUGAGGGUCACUCUGGAACACCCAGCUAACAACUACACAGUCGAUGUCUACCUCGACAAUUCCCUCGACCUCGCAACCAUGAGGUCCUACGAUCUGCAGAACAUCUGGGGACACAUUAAUAUCGUAGGGCAUGGCUCUGGACAGGCCCUUGUUCAACUUGAAUAUAGCUAUGGUGUGGAUUACGAACCCUUGCUUGACUACCCACCCGUAAAUGCCUUCGACUUCACCAUUGUUUCCAAGUUCUCAGGAAGGAAUAAUUCCUACCUAGAGAUCACCACCUGCCAGAGAUGGACGUACACGGAGGAGGCAGCGACCAGUGGUGUUGCUGUGGUGGAGGUGCACCUUCCCUCUGGCUACUACGUUAUGCAGGACUACCUCAUUCACCUGGUCAACUCACGCACCGUCAGGAACCUCCGAUGGGCGCUCAGGACGGACACCCAAGUCAAGUUCUUCUUUAACCACCUGGACACCAAUGAGACAUGUCUAACGUACGAGAUCGAGCGGUGGCACCCGGUGGCUAACCAUUCCCGUUACAACAUGGCCAGAGUUUACGACCUCUACCAGCCAGAGCGCUUCAACAUGACCCUCAUGGAGGUGUACCCGCUCUACGAUCUCGACCUGUGCGAAGUGUGUGGCUCUUACCAGUGUCCGUACUGUCCAUUCUACAACAGAGGGCCAAUCGUUCCCAGCAUGCACCUCACCAUCCAUUUGGCCCUGGCCCUCACUCUGAUCUUAACAAGAACUGUCUACUGCUGAUACCUUUAAUGUCCGGGUAUCGACUGUGCAACCACUAGCAACCUCCAGUCAUCCGUCUGUCCGUCCAUAAAGCUCGCUCGCUCUCUCUCUCUCUCUCUCUCUUUCUCUCUCUCUCUCUCUAAUAUUUUACAGUAGACAAGAAUGGUAGAUAUUUUAGUGUUUUAAUAAAUUACAAAUGAGCGAGUGAAAGAAUAGAACUUAGAAAUUAAAGAAUUUCGUCUAAAGCAUAAAACAUUCUUCUCUAUUAAUUAUUUUGCAUGUUUGACAAUAAGAGUGCAUGAAAUUAUCCUGUAUAUAUAUAUAUAUAUAUAUAUAUUUUUUUUUUUCAACAAGUUGGUCGUCUCCCACCGAGGCAGGGUGACCCAAAAAAGAAAGAAAAUCCCCAAAAAGAAAAUACUUUCAUCAUCAUUCAACACUUUCACCACACUCACACAUUAUCACUGCUUUUGCAGAGGUGCUCAGAAUACAACAGUUUAGAAGCAUAUACGUAUAAAGAUACACAACAUAUCCCUCCAAACUGCCAAUAAAUAUAUAUAUAUAUAUAUAUAUAUAUAUAUAUAUAUAUAUAUAUAUAUAUAUAUAUAUAUGUUUGUGUUCUUUUCUAUUCAUUUAUGUACUCGUAGAUAUAUACAUUUUUAUUCUUGUUAAUAUAUUUGUGUAUUUGUAUUUAUAUUUUGAAAACUUAGGAGGUUAUUUCGUUCCUAUAAAAGCUUUGUUUGUCAGUUUAGGUUAAGAUUGACUUUACUUAUUUUUAAAUCGUUGUAUUUACGGAAGAAAGUAUAAAACUAAGAAAUUCUUAUGUUAUAAGAGUCUAUCGGUAUGUUUUAGUACCUUCAGUAGGAUAUAUACACCAGAACACGUGUCUCUCAGCUUAUAUAUAUAUACAGUGAGAGGCAUAUAUCCCUUAGUUUAUAUACACCUAGAGUUGUGUAUCAUUGUUUAUACACAGAGGUAUUUAUUUCUCAGUGUAUACUGACCGAGAUGUUUGUAUCUCUCAGUGUAAAUUCAUUAAGAAUUUAGUUUAAUCUCUCGUGUGGAACUAAAGUAUUCUUGACUGGUAGUGAACAGGUUACACGCAGCCUUGACUCAAUGACCCUUGCUUAAUAGAAUGGGUUUAAACCUAAUUUCCCUGACACUUUAAUGCCACUCUCUUUAUAAAAAAAGACAGAACAAGGAUGCUUAACAUUAUAAAAGACUUGAUAACAAGCACUGAAGUGUUUAUUCAUAAAUAACACUAAAUUCUUGCCUGGAACCAAGUGCGAGAGAUCUGAAAAAUUACUGGUGAUAUUGAGUGGAAGCUUUAGGUAUAUGAAAUUCUUCCAGAGGGUGCCUUUAUGCAAAGAAAGAGCUCUUCGUCCAAGAAAUUGGAGUUACCCUUCUCAUAUAUUAUAGUCAAACUUGUCUCCCAUUUAUUAGGUACUCUGUAACCCCUGCGAUUUUCACACUUAUAAAAAUAUUAAUAAGAACAUACUUAUAGAUUUAGAAUGUUAUAGUGAACUGCAAGAAUAUUUUGUGCAGUUUCAGCGCUGUUAAGAUGUUAACGGUAAUGGAGUCCGUUUUUAGUAUUUCUUUUUUCUUUUAGUACUUCUUUGUAUGAGGAUCUACGAUCCUCACUUUCUCGAAUUUGAAAUCUCCACUACUCAGCUCGUUUCUCUCAUUGUCCUUUCGAUUUCAGAAACUUUCCGAACUCUUGUGCUAAACGGGCCUUUUGUCCUACCCUAAACUCACUUCUCUUCUGAAAUCUCUGCUUUUUUUAUUCCCCACUUUUCCACUCUUCAUAAUCUUAACAGCAUUCAUAACAUGACUAGACCUUUGCCUCCUCCUUUCGUUUGCAUAUGUCUUCUGCAUCUUGUUUGCCUUCCCUGCCUUCUGAAUAUCCUCGUUCUUGCUUUCUUCCCUUCCAAGUUUGAGCCAGUUAGCCCAACUGCUGUUUUUUUUAUACCCUUUGGGACAGGUGUUGGAGAGUUGAGUUACUUCAUUCUCCACCACUGUAAAAUGUAAUUUACUCUUAUUGCUCUGUCACUAGGCUUUCCCACUGUGGAACAAUAGAUCUCUUGCAGGGCUCUUAUGUUCUUUUUCUCUUUUGUACUACUACUAAUACUGCUAUUCCUCCUAUUACACACAUCAAUUUUUGCAGCCACGGUAUUCUAUUACAAUUUUUAUCCUGGCCAUUCUGUAGUUUUCUAAUUCUCAUCGGAUAUAAUUUUACUUCUAAUUUACAGUCACUAUUUAUUCCUCGUUUAUUAAUAAUGAAAGUUGUGUGAAACUCUGAGGUCUUACUGAAGUCCAUAUACAUACACAAAACUAUUUGUAUCUUAGCCUCGAAAAUCAUAGUGUGGAAGGCCUUUUUUUUUUUUUGUAAAAUCAUGCAGACAUGGAUCAAAUUAUAUCGUUCAUAAUGGCUUAGUAAUAUAUCAGCAAUUAUUUAUACAUCAACUUUUCCCACAGCUGAGGUUAGGCUGUCUGGUCUAUCAAUUGAAGCUAAGGAUCUAUCGCUUACUUUCUUUCUGGCUAUAUCAUAUAGCAUUAUCCAGUUACCCGAUGACAAGAUACCCGUUUGUAGUGAUCUCUUGAAGAAACUAGCUAAUACUUUGUUAAAUUCCUCCUUACUUUCCUUUAUAACACUUAAAAUAGUACAUCGUAGCCCGGUGAUGCUAUUGGUUCAGUGUAUUGAGUUGUCUAAGAACAGAUCAAUUAUGAAUUUGAUUGUGCAUACUUUAUUAUCGCCCUGACCUGUAUAAUAAUUGUGUUUUGUGGUGUCAUUAGUAUCCUCUUGUGUUAAAACAGAGGAAAAAUUGUCAAAAUUGGUUCACAUAUCUUUUUCUCUAAGAGUAUGCUAACCUGAGUUAUAUUUCAGUUGGUGUAUCUUUACCCUAAUCCUAUUCCUCUAUACCUAAAAGAAACCCUUUGGACUGGUCUUUGAUUAUCUUGCAGCCUUAGAUUUAUAUUCUCCCCUGUCUUUCCUUAUUCCUUUUCUUGACUUCUCUCUUAAAUUGAACUUACUGGUCAAUAUGGUGAUAUUCUGCUCUUUUCAUUAACCUACAAAUGCCUUUCUUUUUACACUGACCGCGGGUUCAAAUCCCGCCCAGUGGUAUGGUUUGAUGGGCAGCUUCUAUAACACUUUGGAAAAUUUCAUAUUAGUCACCAGCACCACCAUCCAUCCGGCCUCCUUAACGAUCAUCACCAGGCAGGUUACUCCAGUCUUCACUAUUCUAUGUAAUCCUUAUCGUAAAUUUAAUCUGAAGCAAAAAAAAAAAAAUGAGCGCCUUAAUAAUUUUGCUGUGGAUAUUACGCUAAUUGACUGGGACACUGAAACUAAAUGAUUUGUGAUCUCUUUCCUCACCAUCUUUAUUAACCUUAAUAUUGUUUAGCAGAGAUUUGUAGUUUGCCUGAACCAAGUUAGAUGGAUUGUUUUCUCUAGUUGUCACUGACAAACUGUUUUAAAGGCAGCCCUGGACUAUUUUCACAAAGAUAUUAAUUUGAGAUUUCUAGUCAAAUUGGUGCAGUUCUGAUGCCUUGACAGUUUCCCAUCAAAGAAAUUUACCUAGGUUACUAUGUAGGCUUUGGGUCUAUAGUUUACACCUGAUAUUAGCUUUUCAUGCUCUUCGUGCAACUGUUGCCAAAGGCCACGUUCCUUCCUUCCGCAAUUAUAUUGUUUCUGGUGCAACAUCUAAGAUUUUCCACUACCGUACGUAACUCCUUUCCUGUUGAGUCUGUUAGUGUGAAAAAAUUAUACUCCUGUAGGUAGUAUUCGGCAGACAUAUUCUUAUUUUUCAGCUUAGUCCAUCUCUCGGUUAUUGCAGUAUUAUAAUGCUUCUUGCACAAGUCUUAGAGCAUCUAUUUUAUUUCUUGUUCUCCGGCUAAAGUAGAUAAGGUCAUUUUCUCCUCGCUUCCCUCCAUUAUUUGUAGUCUACUUUAUUGUUUUUAUCAGUUGUAUUAGCUAUCCUGUUUUCUGAAAGUUUUCCUGAUGUAUCCUGGCAAUAUUUUGUUCCUUCAGUCUAUAGUACUGUACCUCCUUUGUUUUACUCACUCACUCAGUUUAAAGUCUUAUACAGUUUAGCAACGUCUGCUUUGACUGAAUUUUCGACAGUUUCACUAAUGGCACAAAAAAAAAGAUGCCCCAUCCCUGGCAUUUAUUUUAUAUGCCUUAGAAUUUUUCCCAGCUGUUAAUGAAUGGAAUUCAUGUUCCUUGCAGUACCUCUCUUGAUAGCAAUAUACACAAAUUGCGAAGACAUCAUUCACUGCACAAUCCUCUUCUGGGCAAAAUGCUUCAAAUUAUCUGUAUCCCAUCCUUUGUCCUGUAUUUUAUAACAUCAUUGCAUCUAGUGCUGAGUCAGGUAAUGAAGUUGUUCCCAUUUCCUGAUCUGACAUUAUCUAAACUAUUACCUACAUCACCUAUACUUCCUCCAUGGAAACUCUCUCUUGCCUUCUUAUUCCUGUUGAAGAAUGCUCUAUCUAUAUUAAUUUGAGAUUCUCCAACAACACAAAUGUCCUUGUCAAUAACUGUGCUCUCGUUCUUUAGAACAACAUGGAAGCUAUUUCUGACACAACGAACUCGACAUAAUUUGUGAAACAUCAUCUAGCUAUUGACACAGCAUCUGUAGACUUGUUCAUUUGUAAUUUAAGAGCACAAAAUUAAGCACUUCGUCGAUAGCAGUUGGAGUCUUAUAAGAAGUUAUCCUGAGCUCCCUUCUUUUCCUCUAUGUAAAUAUGCACAUUGUUAUACUAUAUAUAUUCUUACCACACGUUGACCUCAAUGCUCUCUCAGUGCCAGGUAAAGUGCGCACUCAGCGCCAGGUAAUGAUAUUGAGUAUAUAGCUAAAACAUUAUCUAAGUUAGUCAUGUAUGGAAUAAUUAAUAGAUUACAAACUGUUUCUACAUUUUGAAAAAAAAAAUCAUGUUUAGAUAAAAUUCUUAAGAGAAUAAAUAAUUUACCUUGAUCUAGGUGUAACAGUAUUAAUCUCAAAAAUAAAAUCUGUAAAAUAACAAGACUAUCAUUGGAUGCUAGUGUCUGAGGAUAACUCACCUUGAUCCUCUUUAGACAUGCUUAGGCUUUGACAGUGUCUAGAUAACGGUGAGGGUGCCGUUGAUAAUAGGAGUUGAACCUGUACCUCCCCUCCCUUUCUUGGCUAGAACCUGAUUGCCUUUUCAUUUCCCCAGACCUUAUAAGACUUCCACGGGUUUUUCGCUCUCCCAUGAAUGAAAUAUUACAUCUGAUAAUAUAUUUCUAUGUAGACUAAUGCUCAUCAUGGUACUCGAUUUUUACAAAAUUUUGUAAGACAAAUUAAUAUUUAUUCAGGAAAAUGAUAAUGUAUAUUUUGAACUUGUGUGCAUGUAAACAUGUGAUCCAGGAAGUACUACGAAUAUACUUGUACCCAAAAUAAAUAAAAAUAAAUACGGUAGUUAAAAUUAAAUCAUAUGUACACACUUACCAAUAAGCUAUACCUGGACUACCUAUGUUUGGGACUUGUUAUUCUACUAAAACGUAGAAUAGCAAGUCCUAAAACAUGAGGAACUGACUUUCGUUUUAGUGGACUUUUUAGUAUAGAACUGCGUAUAGUUGUUGCAAUUCUUUGUUGAAAAAAUGUAUCAGACAUUAUAGCAGGUAAUUUUUAUAUCAAUAAAAUUUGAUCUUGUGUACUUUCCGUGCAUUGUAACACUAUACUGGAGCAUUUAAUGUUGGUAUUAUUUUCCUGGUUGAAUUAUCUAUGUAUGCUCCAAUUAAUGAUUUUAUAUUAAUAAUAAAUGAUUUAUAUUUUACCUAGUCCUACAAGACUGACUUCGUAGUAACUUGCUCAGCUGGAAACUUUUGUUAUUUACGCAAUGCAAAUAAUUCUUACUAUUUUGCCCCCAUAAUUUUUAAGAAUUGUGAAUCGCUGUCAACAUUGUGAUAGGAAAAGAAUGCAACUUUGUAACACAAACUAUACACAGCCAGGCAUAAAGUACGUUCAUGCAUGAACCUAUAAAUGGUUAAAUAUCCUAACAUUAUCCAAGACAGAAGCUGCGUAAAGGAUGGAGACUUUUUUGUACUACUUAAUACAACACAACAAAUAGUCAAUUUGCAAUGAUUAACCUGUCAAACGAGAAAUUUGUCUUCGAGAUUUUAUUGAAUUUUAAUUCAUAUUUUUUAUUUGAGAAUAAUCAUUUAGACAAUGUGCAAUGGAUGGUGACCUUGUUACACGUGAAAUAUAGCUUCUGGAUGCUAUCUUAUAAAUGAUUCAGAAUAUGUAUUGGAUAUUCAUUACAGUAGCUGAACCUGUGGUUUUCAUGCUGACUUCCUAAGACUUUGCUCAAGUCUUAUUGGGUAAAUAAAGGAACUCAUAAAUAAUGUCACUUUGGUUACCUAUAUUAUAUAAAAUUUGAAUUUAAAGACAACAGGAAUAUAAAUUACUUACAUAUACUAAA